UUUAAAGGUAAAGAUAAUAUAAUACUUGCUGGAAUGCUUUCAAAGUCGGAUGUCAUGCGUGAUUAUGGUACUGCAGCUUCUGACAGGUAUAAGCGGUAUAUAGUGGAUCCAAUUGACACCCAGAACAACACCGAAAGAAGUCUUCAGAAAAGAUUCAUUGGCAAUACGGAACAUAUGUUUUACCUAUCACCAAUAACCAAUAUCGAAAGCAAGUUUAUAUUAGAUUUGCCAUUCAACCAUCACAAUUACGAUGUCAAUCAAGAGCGUCCCCUCUUGGUCUUCUGGAACAAAGAAAAUGAGAAAUGGGAAGAUGUUGAAACAAACUGCAAGACACCAUCGGCCAUUGAUUACCGGAGAGGAACAAUGACAAUACAGGUAUGUGGCGAUAUCUUUCUCGUUGACAAGAGGCAUGAAGAGAGACAAAAACGGAGCGCUGCUGAAAAAGGACUAAUGCAAUCCCCUCGAAUGUUUGCUUUAAGAAAGGUAUCUAAGACCGUCCCAAAUAACCCGCCAUUCAUUACAACAACUGAAAUUCAGUACGAAGAAGAUGUAACAUCGUCAAAGUUAAUCAAAGUGGGUGAUCCAGAGAAUGACUCACUAUCUAUCAUAUUAAUCAAGUCACCAAUACAUGGAUCGGCAAACCUUACAACAGAUGGUGUUCUAACUUACCUAUCUCGCCGAGACUUCAAUGGAGAUGACGCCAUAACUGUAAGAGUCAGCGAAGUCAAUGUCACAUCUCCACUGAUACCUCUCCAAAUCGAAAAGAACAUCAUAAUAACAGUUCUUCCACAAAAUGAUGAACCUAUUUUGACAUUUAAACAACGAUAUCUUAACAUGAAUUGCACCAAAAACAACAUAACUUUGGAAGUUCUUUUGAAUGGAAAUGAAACUAGACAUAUCUUCUUUGGAUUUCUCAUAUUGGACGAUGUAGACAGCAAUGACACUGUACAUCUAGGGACUAAGCACAAUAGCACUUCUGGUAGUUAUUUCUUGCUUGAAAAACAAAGGGACAAUGAGGCGAUUGAUGGUCAUACCGGCAUUCAUAGGGAAUAUAGCAUCAAGCAACACAUACACAAGUCAUUCAGUGGCCUUGCAGAGUUUGCAGCCCGUGCCCAUGAUGAAUUUGAUGGAGGAAAAGUUUCUUUCAGCAAGGAAUUUAGGAUCAGCACUUACAUUCUAAUUAAUCCCUGUAUUCAUGGCCUUUGUGCAAAUACAAGCAAUGUUCCCUGCAUGGACAAAUCACGAGCUUUCAGUUUCGAGAAUUAUCGUUGUGAUUGUUAUCCAGGAUAUCGAGGUGAAUGGUGUCAGGAAGACAUCAAUGAGUGCAUUCCAAAUCCCUGUUCUGUAUUCUACGACUGUAACAAUUUAAUUGGACGGUAUAAUUGCACCUUGAAUGGAGCCAAAUCCUUUGGCCUGGCUGUAGGAUUCUUUGUUAUUAUGGCUACAGUUGUCCUUCUGAUAAGACGCUGUAUCCUGCAAAAGCGACCUCUGAACAACAAAAUCGCACCAAUCAAUAUCUGGGAUGAAACUAUGACUCGAGGGAACUCUGAGAUAAAUGAAUUUCCUCUAGAUAGGCUAACCGCUGAGCUGUCAACAGCACAACCGGCCAAAUCUGCCUCUACAGAAAAAAAUAACAAGCAUUUGUUUUUUAAACGAUACAAUCUGAUGGACACUGUAGGUCAUGAGGUAAAGGGUGGGUCAGAAAGUCUGCAUGAAAUUGAAAACGAUAAAGACUUCAAUACAGUCGAAAACCAGCGAAGUAGAAGAACUAGGUUGGUGGAGGAGGAGAUACAGACCAUGUUAGCACCCCUGUCAUCUUACAGUUCCUCUGUUGGAAAGAGUCUUCCGCCUCACCUACAGAAAGCGCACAUGGAGAAAAGCAGGAGUCACGACAGCCCAAAGUCCUCCCAGGCAUAA